AAUAAAUAUUCUCUCUCUCUAAAAAAAAAUUCAAAUAAAUAAAUUGUCUGAAAAUAGUCCUUGCACCUCCACCACGUGACGUCUUCUUCCCCAACAGCAUCUUAUUCUUACCCAUCUUUCUCUCUCUUUUACAUUCAAUCUCUCUCUCCUUCUGUUUCUGAUCUCGAUCUAUUGCUGCUGCUUGCUUGUGUGGUACAAAUACAUUAUGUCAGGAGUAGAUGAUACAAAAAUGCAGGAACAAGUAGAGUCCGAAAGAAUCAUGCCAUCACCAAAAGAAGAGGAGGCAGCUGUAAAGAAAAAGUACGGUGGAAUUAUGCCCAAAAAGCCACCACUCAUUUCAAAGGACCAUGAACGUGCGUACUUUGACUCUGCUGAUUGGGCACUUGGAAAGCAAGGUGUUGAGAAGCCAAAAGGACCUCUGGAAGCCCUUAGGCCAAAAUUGCAGCCCACACAACAACAGACGCGAUAUCGAAAGUCCCCUUAUGCCCCUGCAGCCGGUGAAGAUGGAGGAAGUGCUCCAUCUGAAGAAGCAACUUCUAAUGAAUGAGAGACUGCCCCACCUGAAGUUCCAUAUCAUUACUAGUAUCAUUGGCUGUUAUUCUGGUACCUACAAUGAUUUAAUGUUGUUCUUAAAAAUAAACCGAUGAUGUUUGGAUAUUGACUAUAAGAAAAGGGAGACCAAUAUCUCUGUAAUUGAGACCUAGAACAAUAUGGAUCGUUACUUCUAUGUUCCAAGAUUUUUUUUCGUUAGUGGAACAUUACGACCCCAUUUUAACGAAGAGCUAAAAAUAGAAAAAUAAAAAACCAUUUUAUGAUA